AUGUCCAAGCUGCUACCUCUUCACCCUGGACUGGGGCAACUGGUCAACCGUUUGCGGCCUCACACUGCUCCAGGCACUACCAUAAUCUCCUCCACAAAAAGACAGACAGGUGGGGGAUCCAGGCAGACAUGGAUCCACACAGACAGAGCCUAUCCAGGGCGGCAGCUUAUCCUGGAGCAGCUGAAGCCUCUCAUCCACAGCAGACUGGCCAACAUCAAGUCAGCCUUCAUGGCAGGAGACCCCAGUGGCACAGGGCAGGUGAGCAGAGAGGAGUUCAGACGAGUCCUGAGGAGCCUGUUGUCUGUCAGCCAGAACCAGGUCGACAUUGUCCUCAAUGAGGUGUGUGAGAGGAGCGGUGAAACAGUGGACUACAUGCAGUUCCUAAAGAGGUUCACUCGAGCACCCACAGUCCACAGAACCUGCAGCAGCCUCAGCAGUGUGAGGCGUGGUCCACAGAACACUUCAAUGUCCCUGUCAGAGAUACAGAAGCAUCUCAAAGAUAAGAUCGGAGGCAACCUGAGGACUGUGAUCAGAGUGUUCAGCCUGUUUGACUACAACAGCGAAGGACACAUCCAGCAGCAUGAGUUCCGCCGCAUACUGGAUAACUACUGCAUCCACCUGACAGAUAAGGAGUUUCAGAGGCUGUGGAAUCACUACAGUCCCAACAACACAUCCACCAUUUCCUAUGAAGUGUUCCUGGACAAGCUAGGCUUUGGGGGCAGCCAUUACUUAAGGAUUGCGCCCAUCUGCACUAAACUAGAAAUGUCCAGCCGAGGGACAACUCCACCUGAGAAAGUCAAACAGAGGAAGCAGAAACCGGAAUCUGUCUCCAGUCUGUGUGAUGCCCCAUCAGUCCUGCAACACAGGAAGCUGCAGACUCUCUUCUACGACAAGAUGUGCAUGAACUCUACCCCGGUGUGGCAAGCACUGCAGGCCUUUGACACCACCCGCUCUGGCCUGGUAGAACAGGAUAUCCUCAGGGCCAUUCUCAGCAGCUUUAUAUUUCCCAUGAACCCUCAUUCUUUCCAGAAGCUUACCAGCUGUUACGGUGUAGGAGCAAUGGGGCGAGUGAGGUGGAAACACUUCAUGGGCCACUUCAUGAGCCCAGUCAAAAAAGAGGGUGACACAAAUCUUAACACCAUCAGGGCGUCAGAGCACCCUGUCCAAGAAAAUAUCUUGGAUCUCCAGGACACUUAUUCUCAUCUGAAAGAGAUCUUCCACCUGCUGGACAUGAGGGAAGUAGGUUGGAUCACUAGAGCAGACCUGCGACAUUUGCUGGAGAGACCAGGUGGGACCCGGCCGAGAGCUCGACGGUCACAGAUCACAGAGCUGCUCAAUGAACUGGACCCAGAACACACCGGGGUCAUCCAGCUGGCCAACCUGAAGAGACUCAACCCCAGCAGCACCAACACAGAACCACAACCCUCCAUUGCUACCACUGCUGAGCCCCUGGAUGGCCCUGAGGAAACCGCUGUAAGACAGCUCUGUCCAGUGCUGGCAUCUCUAAAGCUGUGUGACCCUCAGCACACUGGAUACAUCACACAGGAAGAUCUGAAGAAGGUCUUAAGCUGCCAUGGUGUACCCAUCUCAGACACACACUUCAACAAGCUCUGUGAGACCUCCAGUUCUAGACCUGGCAGUUCUUCUAAGUUGGUUUCUUACACUGGUUUUCUCAGAAACCUGGGAGUACCACUAACAGAUGAAACAUACCCACCCUCACUCCAAGAGGAGGGUAACCAUACUGAGAGCCGCUGCACAUCACCUAAGUCAAGCCUUCAGUCAGCCAGGGAACAGCGGCCUCCCUUCAGCCUGCAGGUCACUUCAGACACCUUCAAUAUCCUGGACAUUGUUUUCCAGAGGAUGAGAUCAAGGCUAGAGCAACGCAACAGCAGCCUGACUGACCGCAUCCAGGCCAUCACCCACAGCUCUGAGGGGAUGCUAACAGAGACAGAUGUACACAAGAUACUAGAGGACAGCUGGGUCAUCUUGGAUGAUAGGAAUUUCCAAAAGUUCACUGAGCUUCUGGGCUUCAGGGAUGGACAGAUCGAGCGCUCAGUGUUCCUGGUGAAAUGCGAGGAGGCCACAGGAAGAGACGGGCAGCAGUGCUCUGAGGGUCAUGGUGAUAAGGAGGAGGUCAACCCACUGCUUACUGCAGAGCAGUGCCUGGCUGUCAUGAAGACCAGGAUCAAGAUCAUCCAUGGGGACAACCAGACAGCGUUCCGACUGAUGGACAGGAAUCGUAAAGGUGUGGUGGACUGCCAUGAUUUCAAAGCGCUGUACAGCAGCCUGGGCUUUUUCUGCAGGGAGGGAGAAUAUGAUCGGCUGCUGGAUCUGAUUGGCCUGCAUCCAGGGGCCAACCUCAACUAUGCAGAAUUUGUGGAUGUUGUUGAAAAUAAUGGCAAACGCAAACCAGGGCCACAAACAGCUUGUGUACAGGAGCAGCUCCAUGAACUCCUGGCCUGUGAAGCACGCUACAAGUGGGCAGACAUGUCCAAGGUACUGUGCCAGUUUGACACAGACGACCAAGGCUGGAUCCAUAAAGAGAGUCUGAGGGGACUCCUCUUUACCUAUGCUCUUCCAAUGAGACCUGAUGAGUUUGACCAGCUUUGGUCGAGGUAUGACCCAGAUGGAAGGGGCUGUGUGGCAGUUUGUGACUUCCUGGAAAAGUUGGGGUUUCAUCACGAAGGAGAAGUGACAGCUCAGAGCCAGAAGCUGAACCAAUCUGUCGACCAACAGAACGCUGGCAGACCUUUAUCCUCUGAUACUGCCUCACUGCAGUGUAUGAAACAGAUUUUGGAAGAGAACUAUGAGGGGUUGAGCGACUCCCUGACUCACCUGGAAAUGAGGAGAGACGGCACAGUGACAGUGGAAGAGCUGCUGAGCCUGUUACAAUCCUACAGCUACUGCGUCCACAGAGACCAGCUUAUAAAUCACCUGUGCAGGCUCAAAGUUUCUAUGGAUGAUAGCUGCAAGAGGCUAGCUUACAUGGAUUUCCUAUCUGCAUUUGGCCAGAAAAUAGAGAAGAAUUGUAAGCGCCCUUCUGCUACUCCCAAUGCUGUACGUCAGAUAGAGUCAUUGGACAGCCUCAGUCCGGGCAAGGCUCUGGCUAGAAUGCAAGAGCUAGUCACUGCCUCAGCUCCUCAUCUGUGGAGGGUAUUCUUGGCCUUUGACCAGAGCGGGACAGGGACAGUCAAAGCUCUGGAAUUUCGUCAGGUGCUAGAGAAUUUUUGUGCUCACCUGUCAGACAAACAGUAUAGAUACAUGCUGACCAAACUGGAACUGGACCGCAAGAGCUGCACUGUUAACUGGAAGGACUUUCUCAACAAAUUUCAGUCACAGAGCCCACUGAUGUUCGAGAGGUCCCUGAGUAAAAAUUGGGAGCAAAGGGCUAAAACCAGAUCCCCUAUCUGGGCCAAGACCUCUAAAACCACAGAAUGCCUGCAGCAGAUCCAGGAAGUGGUCUCAGGUCAUUUGUAUGACAUCACCAAAGAGCUGAUGGACCUGGACCCUUCCAUCAGCAUGACAAUCUCCAAAGAGCAGUUCAGACAGCUUUGUGAUUGCCGCUGCUUGAGACUCACAAAUGAUCAGUUUGAGUGUGUGUGGAGUCAGAUGCCUGUGAAUGAGCAGGAGAAGCUGCAGUACAGAGAGUUUAUGAAGAUUUUUGGUGCGCUGGACAGGACAGAAGCAGAGGGGCCCUUCAACAGUGUCCAAUCACCAUCCUCUGAGCCCCGAGACACUCCCGCAGCAACUGAAUGUUUCCCAGAGACUGCAGCUGCCGUUCUGCAACGCACUAAGUCUGCCCCCCAGUGCUGCUCCAGGCGUCCUGCCUCGGUGGGAAGGCCAGGAACAGGAAGCCCGCUGGGCAGCAGGGAGAGGAGGCUGCGCUGGGCGGUGCAGUGCUGCUGGAAGGAGAUCCUGAGGAAGUGUACCGAGGAAGAUCCUCAGCGAGAAGGACACAUCAGCACCUCCUCCUUUCUAGAGAUCCUCCAAUCUUUCAACAUCAGUGUGACUCAGGAGCAGUUUGAGCAUCUGGCUGUGAAGUCUGACAUCAUCAAUGAUGGCUGCGUUUCAUAUAACAACUUCCUUCGUCACUUCCUCCUGAACCUAAAACCAGCAGAGGCCAAGAUGCCAUUUGGGCGAUGUAAACUCCCUCCUCCUGUUAUGACGACGAGCCAGGGUGUUCUGAGCCGAGACUGCGUGGAGGUCAUGCUGAGGAUCCAUGAUGUGGUCUGCUCCUCCUGGACCUCUAUCAGACGCUGCUUCCUGACGUCUGACCGCACCCGCGCAGGAAGUGUCUCUGUGCAGGACUUCAGGAAGGUGCUGCGCCAUUUCAGCAUCAAACUGUCAGAGGAGGAGUUCUUCCACCUCAGCUCUUAUUUUGAUGCUGACACCACAGGGAGGAUCUGCUACAACAACUUCCUGUGGGCCUUUCUUCACUGACCUUCAUUCAGAUGCCUACAGCUGCUGCCCCAAGGCCCAGACACUCAGGUGCCACAGGUUUACUGUUUGGCAAUAACAGGUUAGGUUAUUUGAUUAAGUAUGUCAUAUUAUUUGUUAAAUGGUAAUAGGUACUGUAGAAAGCAAAAUAUAACCUGAAAUGGUGAGCACUCAUAUUCAGUAGCACAGUGUCAGUAUGUGGGGCCCAUGUGGGUAGUAAAUGGGCUGAAAAAUGGGCCCUGUAUGGGAUUGUACACAAGUUCCACAUUGGCCCUAUGCCAGUAGCCCACAUGAGUUGGUUAAUCUAAGUGAGUCCCAGGGAGGGUGCCCAUUUUGGACCCAUAUCCACUUAGUACCCAGGUAGCCCUAGCAUAAUCCAUGUGGAGCCCACUUGGGUAAACCCACCCAUGUGGGCAAUUGGCCUAGGGUCAAUAUGGAACUUGUGGACAAUCCCAUAUAGAGGCACUUUUUCAGCCCAUUUACUACCCACAUUGGUCCCACAUACAAAUGUUGGUUGGGUAGGAAUUAUGUCCAUGUUGGAAAUUCAGCACCUUAGAUUUAUGUUCAGUGCUAACGUGUAAGUGUUUAAGUAGCGAAGAGGAAAGUAAGGGUGUGAAUGUCGGGGUGGUGAAUAGGAGUGUGGCAUGUCGGACUUCACAGACCUGCAACAAACGUAAACCUUAAGUCAUGCUGUAGUUACCAUGUGCAGAUAUUGUGGUAAGCAAGAAUUUAAAUUUUUUUGUCACUGAAUGUAUUCUGUGGUUUUAUACAGCUAAAAUUCUUGUCUGCUGAGACAGGUGCUACAUAACAUUGCCAUUUUGCUUGAUUCAUUCAGCCUGACGUGUUUAUGUGAGGUGAUUUUGGAAAGGGUUAUUUUGUUUAGCUGUAACCAAACAGCAGCUGGUGAUGUAUC